AUGUGCCCAUCCUGCGAGCCUGAGCAAGCCGCUGCCUCCAAUGGCAAUGCGAACGGCAAUGGCGCCUCCAAUGGCAAUGGAAACCACGACGGAAUGACUGGUAUUGAGACUCGCCAAGCACAAAACGCACGCUACCAGCCAUCACGGAAUCCCUACCAGCCCGUCGGUGACUUUUUGUCCAACGUGAACAACUUCAAGAUCAUUGAGAGCACCCUGCGAGAGGGCGAGCAGUUCGCCAAUGCCUUCUUCGACACGGCCAAGAAGAUUGAGAUCGCCAAGGCGCUGGACGACUUUGGCGUCGACUACAUCGAGCUCACCAGCCCGGCUGCCUCGGAGCAGUCCAGGCUUGACUGCGCUGCCAUCUGCAAGCUGGGACUCAAGGCCAAGAUCCUCACCCACAUCAGGUGCCACAUGGACGACGCGCGCAUCGCCGUCGAGACCGGUGUUGACGGCGUCGACAUUGUCAUCGGCACCUCUUCGUUCCUCAUGGAGCACUCGCACGGCAAGGACAUGACCUACAUCACCAACACGGCCAUUGAGGUCAUCAACUUUGUCAAGAGCAAGGGCAUCGAGGUCCGCUUCUCAUCCGAGGACUCGUUCCGCAGCAACCUGGUUGACCUGCUGAGCAUCUACUCGACCGUCGACAAGAUUGGUGUCAACCGUGUCGGUAUUGCUGAUACCGUCGGUUGCGCCUCGCCCCGCCAGGUCUACGACCUGGUCAAGACCCUGCGUGGUGUUGUCUCUUGUGACAUUGAGACACACUUCCACAACGACACUGGCUGUGCCAUCUCAAAUGCUUUUUGCGCUUUGGAGGCCGGUGCUACCCACAUCGACACGUGUGUCCUGGGUAUCGGCGAGCGUAACGGAAUUACCCCUCUUGGAGGUCUGAUGGCUCGCAUGAUUGUCGGCUCCAAGGACUACGUUCUGAGCAAGUACAAGCUGCACAAGCUCAAGGACAUUGAGGAGCUUGUUGCCGACGCCGUUCAGGUCAACAUUCCUUUCAAUAACUACAUCACUGGUUUCUGUGCUUUCACCCACAAGGCCGGUAUCCAUGCCAAGGCUAUUCUCAAGAACCCCUCAACAUAUGAGAUUAUUGACCCGACUCUGUUCGGCAUCACUCGCUAUGUCCACUUCGCCAGCAGAUUGACGGGAUGGAACGCAAUCAAGAGCAGAGCAUCGCAGCUCAACAUUGAGAUGACGGAUGAGCAGUGCAAGGAGUGCACUGCCAAGAUCAAGCUGUUGGCUGACAUUAGGCCGAUCGCUAUCGACGACGCCGACUCCAUCAUUCACGCAUUCCACCGCAGCAUCAACUCGGGCCAGCCUAUUCAGUCUCUCGGAAGCCUGCUCCCCAACAUGACGGAGGAGGAGAAGGCCGCCCUGGCAGAUGUAGAGCGCCGUGAGUCGAACGAUGCCGAGCAACCGGCGGCCAAGAGGGCCAAGGUCGAGGCUGUUGCAUGA